UUGGAACUAUCAACGAACAAGAAAAUCCUCCACUCAGAAGGACACCGAGAAAAAAUAAAUAGAGUAAUUUACGCCGAAAACUCAAAUAAAGUGAAUAAUACCAGCAAGCGAACCUACAAAGAAAUAUCAGAUGAAGAUCCUGAAGUACACGACAACGAAGAUGACUGCGAAGAUGACUACGAAGAUGACGACGAGAAUGAAGAUGAGGAUGUCGACGAAGAUGACGACGAGAAUAAAGGCGAAGAUGACAACAAAGACAAGAAGGCCAAGGAGAGAAAGAAGUUGGAGAAAAAAUUUGUUGAAGACGUCUUAUAUGAUUGGGCAGUGACCCACCGUUCUGAAACACUUGCACACUCAUUUAUAUUAGAUACUGAUUGUCAGGAAGUUAUGGAUUUGUUUAGUCCUGAGGAAAAGGAGACAAUUUUAAAUACUAAUAAAAAGUCUUUUCCGGCCGUACAAGAUGAUAUCAAAAAAUAUGUCAUGAAAUAUUACAAGAAGAAUGUCGACGAUCUUCGAGAAACCGUCAUGGAACCAUAUUUGAAAAAUGGGGAGACCUAUAAUUCAAAAUUACAUUAUGAUUUGGAGUGGAUUCACUUAGUGUUCAAUAAAUUUGUUAUUGAAUGGGAGCAAGGUGUGAAUGCGUUAGCAGAGGAUAAUUUAGAAGCAUGGAUUGUAAGUCAUGUAUGGACUUUUAUUGUUGAUAUGGCAUUAAAGGACAUUGAAGAAAAUGGAAUUAGAUAUGUUUUGAUAGUAAAAGAAAACACUAAACUUAAAGCUAGAGUUGCGAAAUUAGAACAAAACCAGUCUCAAAAUGACGAAGAAAAGAGCAACUCUAAUGUAUUACGAAGUAAUGAUGCUUCUGUAUCUAAAUCAGAUGAUGAUACCAGGGGAAUCGAACAAUCUACGGUUAAAACCAUCUCCACCAAAAUGGAAAAUUCUAACGAUACCCCCGAACUGAUGGACUUACAAACUAAGGAUGCUCCGGCAUCUGAUAUAACUAAUAAC